GUAGAAGUAAGGGGUAAAGCGAGGGAAAACAAGACGAUGAAAAGGCAAACCGAGGAAACUUGGGGAGGGGAUGAGCAAAGUACCCAAUAUUCAGCGUUUCUUACUCAUAAUCAUAUUUGGUGUAAGGUAGUUUUAUUUUAUUUUUAUAGUGUUUUUCUUAUCUUGGCCCCCCUUAUCCCACCUGUCUAAGCUAAGGGCACUCUUCAUCGGCCUCGCGAACAAGGCUGCAUCCACCAUCCCUAAAGUUACCCGUUAACUUCCGGCCAGCUUCCUUUACACCCUCGAAUCCCCAGAUUUCAUGUGAACCUUACCCGAGGGCCAAGAUCAUCAAGCAGCCAUCAUGGCAGGCCCCCCCGCUCCCCCGCGCGGCGGCAUGUCAUUGUAUGCCAACCUUCUAGACCCGAAGGCCGACGCGACAACUUCGAUAUCUCGCGCCCCCGUACUCUUCAGCCAAUCGGACGAGGCAAAGGAUGAUGCUGCAACUAAGAAGCCUGUGGAUCCAGCUCUCCGCUUCCAGCCCAUUCGCCGGCCACAAGUCAAGCAGGCCAAGGCCAAGACCGGAUUUCCCAAGGCAUUACCGGCAGGUGUAAGAGGUGCAGCGCCGGCACCGACUCCCGCCGCUCCGGCCACUGUCCCUCCGACCCAGCAGCCGAAAAGCACCCUCGCCGACUGGGCUGCCAUCGAGGAGGAUGAGUACAUCUACAACGCGGCGGCAGGCGAGAAGCGGCAGCGAGGCGGGCGAAGGAAAAAGAAGAAGUUCGACAACCAGCCCAUUGAGACAGACUGGGACGAGCUCUACGACCCGGCUCGCCCGACGAACGUCGAGGAAUAUCUGCGGAGCGACGAGCGUAUAAGGGAGAUACAGGACUGGAAGGCGGUCCUCUAUGCCCACCGGAGACGGAGAGAACCGAGCUACGACAGCGAGAUGGGGAGCGACGAGGAGGACAGGCGGCCGGCCAUGUCAAACCAAUUCGCCCCUCCACCAGCCUACUCCUUCGCGCCGCCGCCCCCGGCGUCACCCCCACGCGAAGCCGCCGCGCCCAUGCACGACGACCCAACAGGUGACGACGCGUACGCCCGCCGGCUUGCUCUCUCCGGCGCGGCGCCUCCUCUCCCGACCUCGCCGACGCCGCCAGCCCCCCACGCUUCCGCCCCUUCCAUUCCACAGCCGCCACCGCCACCAUCUCCACCACCCGCAGCCGCCAGCCACGGCGCCGUCAUCUCGCGCGCCCCAGUGCGAUACGAGCCGCCGCCGCAGCCUCCACCCCCUCCCGAACUUCCAGCAGCCGACGACGACGCAGCCAUGGCCAUGGACUUGGGCGCCGCCGCGCCGCCACCGCCUGGCGAGGGCGAGGUCGAGCAGCGGACCAAGCGGCCCGGGCAAGCUGGCUUCGCGGAGCGGCUCAUGUCCAAGUACGGCUGGACGCGGGGCUCGGGUCUCGGCGCGGGUGAGGCCGGCAUCACGUCCGCGCUGCGCGUCCAGGUCGAGAAGCGGCGCCGACGGCCCGACGCCGAGGGGGGCGGGUUCGCGGAGCCGGGG